AUGGCCCAAUUAUUGCUAGACGUGCUGCAGAAAACUAUUUCUCAAAAUCAGGAAGAUCAGAAGAGGGCGCUAGAGUUCCUAAAUGACGCGUCAACGCGAGAUUUCCCUGCUUUCGUCAAAGAGUUGAGCGUAAUCCUUCGAUCGGAAAGUUGUCAACCAUUUGCUCGCCAAGCAGCUGGUUUGCAGUUGAAGAAUGUCCUCUAUGCGAAGGAAGAAGAAACUCGUGCUCAGUACCUCAACAGCGCUGAGCUUCGCGCUACCAGCGAUAUUCGUACUCAUGUCAAACUGUCUUCGUUGUACAAACACUUGGCACUGAGCCUUUCCGGCCUUCUAUUGCAGCUCAGUGUGUGGCUGCAAUCGCCUGCGCAGAACUUCCAUCCGCUGUGGCCAGAUGUCAUCGACGCCUUACGUACUAGUGUGACGAAUCCUGGAAGUACUGCAUCGUUGAAGGAGUCGUCUCUUGAAACUCUUGGGUAUAUCUGUCAAGACAUUGACGCUGCAGUACUUGAGCAACAAUCCAACUCGAUUUUGACGGCAAUAGUACAUGGCAUGCGGAAAGAGGAGCCAUCGUUUCAUGUACGUCUGGCUGCCACGAAUGCCCUGUUGAACUCGCUGGAGUUUACUAAAAAGAACUUUGGAAUGGAGGCGGAAAGGCAUAUAAUAAUGCAAGUUGUCUGUGAAGCUACGCAAUGUACUGACACCCAUGUGAAAGUCGCUGCUCUACAGUGUCUUGUCAGAAUAAUGUCGCUCUACUAUCAGUAUAUGGAGCAGUACAUGGGAUCCGCACUCUUUGCGAUUUCGUUGCAAGCGAUCAACUCAGAAGUGCCGGAAGUUGCUUUACAAGGCAUAGAAUUCUGGUCCAACGUGUGCGAAGAGGAAAUAACCUUGAGCUUGGAAGCCGAGGAGGCCGCUGAAAAUAACAGAGUUCCGGAGCAGGUAUCGCGGCACUAUGCCAAAGGAGCUGUUUCCCAUAUCUGCCCUUUGAUGCUUGAAAUUCUUACACAUCAAGAUGAAAAUGACGACGAUGAUGAUUGGACUCCAUCGAAAGCGGCUGGCGUUUGUAUUAUGUUAAUGGCACAAUGCGUUGGUGAUACAAUUCUCGAAUCUGUCAUGCCUUUCCUCAAGCAUUUCAGUAGUACGGACUGGAAAUAUAAGGAAGCGGCUAUCAUGGCGUUCGGAAGUAUUCUUGACGGACCAGAUCCUGCAAAAUUGAUGACAUUGGUUGACCAAGCAAUGCCUGCGCUGAUCGAUAGCAUGGCUGAGAAAAAUGUAACCAUUCGAGACACCGCUGCAUGGACGAUCGGACGAGUGCUUGAGAUCUGUCCAGAAAUUGUCAAUAAGGAUGGCAUGUUAGCACGACUGCUCCCAGCUCUUAGCAAUGGGCUUCACCAAGAACCGCGUGUAGCAGCUAAUGCUUUGGUUGCUCUCGUCAAAACAGCGUAUGACAUGGCCUGUGGUCAAGGAACAGAUAGCACUGGACAGCCUGACACCUAUGCCCUUUCUCCUUGUUUCGAAGCUAUGGUCAGCGAGUUGAUCAAAACAACUGACAGAACUGAUGGUAACCAGUCAAACCUGCGGCUUGCCGCCUUUGAAACUUUGAUGGAACUCAUCAAGAACUCACCCAAAGACUGCUAUCCAGUUGUACAGAAUACCACCGUGUUGAUGUUGAAGAAGCUGGAACAGUUGUUGAAUAUGGAGGCAACUACAACAUCUAGUUCUGACAAGAACCAACUGAUGGACCUCCAAUCGCUGUUGUGUGCUACACUACAGUCAGUGCUGCGUAAGAUGCGUCCCGAAGAUGCGGCUCUGGUUGGAGAGCAUGUAAUGAAUGGGCUGGUACAGAUCAUGAAUCGUACUUCAGAACAACAAAGGAGGUGGAAGUGUGAUGGAAGAAGCGCUCUUGGCGCCCUGAACAACGGAUUUAUCGCUUACAUUGAUGCACUGAAACCUCAUCUCAUGAGAGCUCUCUCCAACCAUGAAGAACCACAAGUGUGCGCUGCUGCGGUGGGGUUGGUGACGGAUAUGUGUCGUGCCAUUGAAGUGAAUAUUGCACCGGCUCUUGAUGAUAUCAUGAAUACACUUGUUCAAAGUCUGCAGAGUCCACGGCUUGACAAAGAUGUGAAAGUGACAAUUCUCGGAUGUUUUGGUGACAUAGCUCUGGCGAUUGGAGUACAUUUCGAACGAUACAUACACAUCGUGAUGUCUAUGCUCGCAGAAGCUUCAUCAGCAGCCAUUGUCACAAAUCCGGUAAGUGUAACAAGAAGUUGA